AUGCGUUGCCGGUAUAUCGCAUGCAUUUUUCUGAUGGUAUUUGUCACUCUGUGGUUUACUAGGCAUGCGAAAGUUCAGCCGUUGAAAGAUAACAUAAUCCCUGAUAAUACUGAUGAUGACAUAGAAAGGUUGCUGAAGAGGAUUUUGCCAUUUUACAGCAACAUUACGCGGGACAGCAAAUUAAGUCCACUGGAGGACGCAAAGUUUAACGAAACAACAGGAGAACUUGUGGCUUACCUCCGAACAUUUGAUGAACCCUUUCACCUAACUGUGCCGAAAGCUUUAUGUCUUUCUGACAGCCAGGAUAACCACACUUUCACUUACUGGAAACGUAGAGUUCAUCCUCGCAGACUUUCCGAAUCCUUGAUCAAUGACGUUGCGGCUGGCUGUUUCGUAGACAAGGAUCCAAAUGCUCAAGAUAGCAUUAAACUCAGAGACUCUUUGCGUCUGCUGAGAAACUCAUUUGAAGAACAUAACGUUCCAUUCAUAAUGGUAUUUGGUUCAAUGCUGGGAUCGUUACGAUAUCAUCAGAGGAUGUUUUACGACAUUGACUAUGACUUCCUUGUGAAUGCAUGGGAUAGUGAAAGAGCAGUUCGCAUUUUUGCCAAGCUUUCAGCAAACGCGUCUACCGAGAUGCGCUUAAUUGACAGCCGAUCCUGCUGGGGGAUGCCAAAGUUUGGCCUUAUGUGUGGCAAUGAUCCAGGCUGGCGAAAGCGUUACAAACGGUGCAUUGAAAAAGAUAACAGCUACGUAGUUUGUCCAACAAGGGAUACUACGAGAGAAGCCUACGCACCGUGUCUUUUCUAUGUCGAUUUGUAUUGGAUGUUUAAGCAUGAAAAAAAUACAUUGAGUGUCUUAACCGUAAAAACGAAGUUCGCAGUGGAAGAUGUGUUUAAUUCCGAUUACAGGCCACUGGACGGGACGCUCUUUCGAUCUAUCCGUAAUUUUGAACGAUAUUCGGAAAUGGUUUAUGGCUUACCCAAUGACAUAUGCGUCCCUAAAACUGGCAGACUAGUCACAAACUUGUCUAAACUAACUGUGUAUAAGGAUCUUGACUGUUCAGAAUUUGCAUUGUCCUGUAUACACAUCAAUAAGCGUCGUCCACGAGCAUACGUUCUAACGAACGGCAGACACAGAAUUGAACUUGGAUUGCGCUGGCUGAAGUCCGGUGAAUGUGCCGCAAAUUCCCUCUUUGUAAAGUUGCAAUGA